AUGUCGUUCGUCGAACAGCCAACGUUUGGGCGAGAGUUCGCGGUACCAGCUAGGCUGCCGACAAUCCUGAAACAGUUCUGCAAGGCUGCGAUACGUACGCAGCCUUACGACCUGCUCAAGUGGUCCAGCUCCUACUUCCGUGCGCUGGCUGAUGGCGAGGAGCCGCCGAUUAAGUCGCGGCUCGAGUAUCCGCCACCGAGCACGGCUUCCGGUUUGACCUUAGGCUUCCUCAGAGUACUAUUGCGGCAAUUUGGAAAUUACAAUAAGACACUACCGAUUGAGACAAUCUUGCAUCGCUGGAACUGCCUCUGCCUGGAUCACAGGGAUUUCGAUACGAUCCUUGUGAUUGGAGGGUUCCAUCACACUUGCCAAGUGAAGAAGUUCCUCGCCGUAGCAGUGGGCUUGCUCGGUACCAAUCUCACCGAGACGAUGAUCAUGGUUUGCCAAUUGUUUAGCCACGAGCCAGACGGAGGAUCUGCGAUGAUCCCGCUCACUUUGUUUAUGGAGAUAUACGAAUAUUUAGCGAAACUCGCGUGCGAUGGCAACGAGAAGGACGCGUUUGAUCAAGAUACAACAGAACGUACAAUGUGCAAAGAAAGUUCUGUCGAUCACACAACAUGCUCCAUAAAUAGUCAAGAUACCGAUGCAGAUAUUAAUUUAGAUUCGGAACUGAUAUCUAAAGACGAAGUGGAUCUGUCAAAAACUGAUCUGUCAACAGAGCUGAUAGAGAACAGUUCACUCGAAAGAGAAAUUACUAAUGAAGGAAAGGGAGAUAAAUCUUUAACUGAUCAAAAAAAUGACAGUUCGAUCGGUAAAGACAGUGCCGAUAACAAUGAUACGAUCAGUAAGAAAUUUUAUGGAGUAAAAGACGCUAAUAAAAGUUUAUCUUCUGGAGUAGAAAAGGAUGCAAAAAUUACUUGCUAUCCGAAUGUACCAGGUAUAGGACCUCGUUUGUCAGCCGAACGAGUUGCAAACGUAACGGCAUGGAUGCUCGAGUGCGCAAGACUGCAAGAGGGUAUGGUCGGACCGCGAAAUAUCCGACACACGAAUUGCCCAUCUUUGCACGAACGAUCGACAUCAAAGUUAUGAUAACGUCUCGUAAUAAUGAAUGCGAAAAAAACAAUCACGAAAUAUGUAUAUAACACGCAAGAUUAAGAUCUUCGAUUUAGAGAUGGAACUAUCAUUCGCACAGCUUUAAUUAAAUCCUAAGGGUAAGAUACCUAUUAUAAAAUGG